UUUAGAAAUUGCAUGGUAUAUCUUAUAAUAUUUACUAAAUUUUACUUUGUUAAUAUAGAUUUUUAAUUUUUGUUCUCAUAUUCUGAUAUCUAAUUGUUAUUUUAUUUUAAAUAUACAAUGGUGCUUGUAUUUAAUCAAAUAAUACUUAUGAUCUUUUUUUAAUGUGCCUGUUUUUUUUUUCAAACUAUAACUUUUUAUGUGUCUAUUUAAAAAACUUUUAAUGUAUAAAUUUUCAAGUAAAAUUUAACAACAAUUUUUGUUAAAGUGUAAAUUGUACAGAAUAGUUACAUGACAAGUAAAGUUAGUAAAGUGGCCAAGAAGAUUCAUGGGUGGGAAAACAUCUAAACCAUCAAGGGGAUCCUCAAAUCAACUAGGAGGUAAAAAAUAUCAAAAUGAAGAGCAAAUAAAUAAUGACACCAAUCAACAUCAACAAUAUCAAAAAGAUUUCAUUAGUAAAUCAUCACUUUAUCCUUUUGUCCAUCAUAGAAGAGGUUCAAUGUACAUAGAUGAAGAUGGUGACGUAGCUCAUGAGUUUUAUGAAGAGGCUAAAGAAGGUUCAAAAUUAACAUUAAAAAAAAUUGGUAGACAUGAAUUGAUACCUCAGGGUGAUGUCCCUUUGGAUGUACCAUGUAUAAAAUAUGAUUAUCCUGUUGUAUUGUUGGAGCAACCUAUUUGUAAAAAAAAACAAGAAAAUUAAUGUAAAUUGGCAAAUUUCAUUGGUUGUAUUGUAUUGCUUGAUUAUACAUCUAUCAGUAUGGAUUUAAAUUUAGGAAGAAUUAUUAUAAUAUGAUUCUACAAUCCUUUUAUGUGUGCAAUAUUUUGUAUUUGCUGUGAUAUGUAUGGAAGUGUACUAUAUUACCAAGUUGCUACUAAUUUUCAUAUAGAUGUUUGUAGUUAGUGAAAAAAAACCAGCAAAGUUUAUUGAGUAAAAUAGCUUAUUACUAUAGCUCAUUGUUUGUUUGGAGGAAUUUAAACUAAAAACAUGUAAACCAAAGAUGAUUGCCAUCUACUUAACCCUAUGUGUAUAAAUUAUAUUUAUUGCAAUGAUACAUAGUGUGUCCGUGAGUGUAUACAUUAAUAUUUAAAUACAAAAGUAGUCAAUAAAUAUGUAAUUAAAUAUUUACUCUAUUUGUUAACCUAGUUUUUAAAAAAAAUUUUUUUUGUUACAUAAUUUAAUACUUUUAAUAGUAGUGUAUGAUUAUUUGAAAUAUUUACUAUAUAUAUUAUAAUACUAAGUUUUAUUAUUUUACCAAUUAAUACUAGUUCAUGGUUGUCAUAAGUUUAGAAUUCCUGUAAAACAUGGGGGAGAGAAUUGAAGAAAUGGUUAGUAAAAUUAUAAAAAUGUUAGGGAAUUUGAUCAUUUUUUAGAGUUAUUAAAAAUUGAUCAAACCAUACAUGUAAUCUGUUAUCUGAGUUAAUUUUCAACAUAUUUAGGGGCUUAGAUCUCUCUAGUUCCUCUAGUUUCAUAUAUGCAAAUAACAAUAUAAACAAAGGGGCUGUUAACAUCAUAUGCCCUGCAUAAAAUAUGUAGUUUUACACACCUAAGCUAUGUAUGCCAUUUACUUAUUAACUGACUGGAAAAUUAUGGAAAAAUCAGAUAAUUUGAGUUUUAAAUUUGUGGCAACUAUAGAAUCUAACAGUUAAAUCACAGUUAUCUAACAAUUUUUUUGAUUGGAGACAUUUAUCUUAGUUGUUAAAAUUAUAAGUUAAAUUUUCAUAUUGUUCAUUAUUUUGUAUUAUUUUUUAUAUAAUUAUUAUAAAAAUAUUAUACAAUGGAUUCUAUUGUAUGAGGUGAUUCGUUUAACGCUAGCCACUCAAAUUCACUUAAAACAAUUUUUUUUUGGCUUUUGUUAUUGCAUAUGUAUCUCCCAUUUAUCUGUUAUAAAAUGUUAUUUAUAUUCAUUCCUUAUAACUUUAAGGGUGUCAAAUUAAAAUUUUUUAAAAUGGAAACAUACAUAUUUAACUAGCUUAUAAAAUAAAAAACGAUAUAAUUUCAUAAUGUCUGGCCAAUAAGAACUUUUGACAACUUUUCAGAAGUUAUUAACAUUUUUAUAUCUAGGUGAGAGGAGAGUGAGGCUGAUAAAUGUCUAGAAUUAAGAAUAACAGAAACCUCAUCUCCAGUAAAUACUUGUAAUUGUUAAUAUAAUUUUAAGAUAAAUUUAGUGACUGGCAUUAAAAGAAUCGUUCUGUAUAAUACAUGAAAAAGUAUAAUAAUUAAGUUAUUAUUUUUUUCCACAAAUAUUAUGUCAAUUUGUUUUUCUUAACUUAAUAAAAUGAUUUAUUAAAUAUAUCAAACAUAAUUAUUA